GAAGUGAAUGGUUGUGUUUUGCUCGCUCUAUAAGCUUUUCGAGUUCGAGCUUUUUACAACCAAUUUGUAUCGAAGUGUUAUCCUCGUUUCAUGAGCUGCAUUGUCCUGCGAAGACAAUUAAUAGGUGUUUGUGGUCAGUGUUUCCGAAUAUAAUUUUUAUUCGGUUGUGUAUCUAUUGUUCGACGGUUAAACGGUAACGGUUUUUAAGUGUGCAUAUAAUCGUGGUUCUUUUUCUAAACUUUCGUGAUCGUGUUUACAUUUCAUCAUCGGAUAUUUCAAUGGAAUGAGUCAAACUGUUUAGCAUCUAAAUAAAUAAACAGGAGCAGCUUGGCGCGGCGUAGCGGGCGGGCCGCGCCAUGGGGAACAAGUGCUGCAGCCGCCGCCACGAUCCAGACAGACCACUCGUGUACCCAGCAUACAAGAAGAAUGAAGCGGGCUUCACGACGUGCCCCUCGCUGGAGAACCGAUACACCGGCGAACCCAAUAACCGCGUCGUGUCGCGCCGCCCCGCCGACAUCGUGCGGACGCGCAACCCCGGCACAUGUAUAUCAAAUGGCGGUAGACGCGUAGUGAAAGCGCUAUGCGCGUACACGGCGCGCGCCGAGUCGGACAUCUCGUUCCGCAAGGGCGACCGUAUGGAGGUGUUGAGCGACGCCGAGCCCGACUGGUGGCGCGUACUGCAUCUCACCACGCGCCGUGAAGGACUAGUGCCCGCUAACUUUGUCGCUGAAGAGAGCUCCGUUGAGUGCGAAGAUUGGUUCUUCCCGCACGUAUCACGGAAGGAAGCCGACAAAUUACUCUUAGCCGAGACGAAUCCUAGAGGAACGUUCUUAGUGAGGCCAGCAGAACACAACCCACAUGGCUUCAGUUUGAGUGUCAAAGACUGGGAGGAGGGAAGAGGUUACCAUGUCAAACACUACAAGAUCAAGCCCCUAGAUAACGGAGGGUUCUACAUCGCCACCAAUCAGACAUUCCCCAGCCUUCCCGCACUGGUCAUGUCGUACACAAAGAACGCGUUAGGGCUGUGCCACGUGCUCGCGCGGCCUUGCCCCAAGCCGGAGCCGCAGAUGUGGGACCUGGGCCCGGAGCUGCGCGACAAGUGGGAGAUCCCGCGCAGCCAGAUACAGCUCAUCAAGAAGCUCGGCCAGGGGAACUUCGGCGAGGUGUACUACGGAAAGUGGUCCAAUAAUAUCGAGGUCGCGGUUAAAACGCUUAGGGAAGGUACGAUGUCGACUCAGGCGUUCCUUCAAGAAGCGGCCAUAAUGAAGAAGUUCCGACACAAACGUCUGGUGGCGCUGUACGCGGUGUGCUCGCAGCAAGAGCCCGUCUACAUCGUGCAGGAGUACAUGUGCAAGGGCUCGUUGCUAGAAUUCCUCAGGAACGGCGACGGGAAGACGCUACAGUUCGAGGACCUAGUCUACAUCGCAGCACAAGUCGCGUCCGGCAUGGCGUACCUAGAAUCGAAGCUCUUAAUACACAGAGAUCUCGCCGCCAGGAACGUAUUAAUAGGAGAGAAUAACGUCGCCAAAAUAUGCGACUUCGGUCUAGCGAGGGUCAUAGAAGAUAACGAAUACUGCCCCAAGCAAGGGUCCAGGUUCCCCGUCAAGUGGACCGCUCCGGAAGCAAUAAUAUACGGAAGAUUCUCCAUCAAGAGUGACGUCUGGUCCUACGGUAUCCUCCUAAUGGAACUGUUCACGUAUGGACAGAUACCGUACCCUGGUCUCCACGGAAAAGAAGUCAUAGAGCAAGUGGAGAGAGGGUACAGAAUGCCCAAACCGGUCGGACACUACCUCCCUGAUGCUAUCUACGGUCUGAUGCUGCAAUGCUGGGACGCCAUCCCGGAGAAGCGGCCGACGUUCGAGUUCCUCAACCAUUAUUUCGAAUCGUUCACAGUGACCAGUGAGACGCCAUACAGAGAAGUGCAAGACUAGUGCUGUGAUAUAGUGAAUUAGUUAUCGGACUUAUCACAAGUAUCAAGAUUGGUUGGAUAGUUUGCGCGCUUGCUGUGACGUUCUAUGCUUAGACUUGUGUCAGUUUGUGCCUCGUCGUGACAGACAGGAAGUGUCGCUUGUGAACUGUAAGACGUUUUGUGUAAGGUCUUUUUUAGCGAAUUAAGGGAAUUAUGAUGGAAGUGUGACGCUUGUGCUGAAUAUAAUGAAACAUAAUUGUGGCUAAUUUUUCUAAGAAGCACCUGUGAUGUUAUAAAAAUUUAAUC